AUGGCAACACUGUCGUUUUCUAUGGAGCCGCCCGCGCUGUUUCGGCUGCACGACGCGCUUGUGUGUCUCACCAAGUUCAACGAAAGCGUGUCGAUUGAGGCCGAAUAUGACAUGCUCCGUUUCAGCGCAUUGAACACGGCGAAAACUGCAUAUUCGUCUUUUGUCCUCGAUUCAGACAAGUUCUUUUCAAAAUACUCUUUCAGCCUAGCUAGAGGCCAGAAUGCAGAUCCUUUCUCGUGCCAAUUAUACCUCAAGGCAUUGCUCUCAGUCUUCAAGGGCCGAGCUAGCGAGUCGCGUGACAAGGACACUGCAGUAGAACGCUGUGACGUGGAACUCCGCGAUACUCCUGACGAUCCCGAAUGUAGGCUGAUUAUCAAAAUGAUAUGUGGUCAGGGCGUCGUCAAGUCAUACAGACUCACAUACGAACCGAUCAAUGUGCAACACGCCAUGUUUGAUCAAUCCAGAACGCAGAACCAGUGGCGAGUCGAGUCUAAGCUCCUUCGGGAGAUUAUCGAUUACUUUAGCCCCUCGGCGGAGCAGCUUGACAUGUAUCCUGAUGGCGGUAAAGCCGUAUUUACUAGUUUUACCAAUAAAAUCACCGACGGAAAGGAGAUAUUGAAACAGCCGCUGCAUACAUCUGUAACGCUUGACAGUAAAGAUUUCGAUGAAUACAUGGUCAAAGACGGCCUGCACGUUGCAAUCAGCGCCAAAGACUUCAAAGCCGUAGUCAUCCAUGCAGACAGCUUGAAAACGCCGAUUACCGCACGGUACACGCGGCCCUGUCGACCCAUGCAACUGACCUAUAAGUCGGAAGGAAUCGGAGCCGAAUUCACUCUGAUGACGCGAGGCGAAGUUGAUGACAACGACGACGACCAGCCAGCCUCAUCAUCGAGACCGGCAUCCCAGCUCUCUGCCCGGCCGGCAGCUCAGCGUGUGCCUGCUAGUGGAAGACCGUCAAUGCCUCCACCGACGCCGUCGGCACGGUCUUCAGCAUCUCGGCCGUUGCCUCCUCCGCCUUCUCGGUCUGAGAUUAUUUCGACGGAUGCGUCGAGGUCUGCAUUUGCAGACCUAACCGACAGUCUCUUUGUGCCGGCAGACGACGACAGACAGUGGGAUGAGCAGGACUAUGAGGAAGAACAGGAGGAUAUCUUGACCUGGAACUCCAAGGUCGAAGCGGGUGCAUAUCAUGAAGGCCGUCCACGGCCACUGACAGACAGCUACCCAUCAUUCCCAUCAGAGACGAAGCAGCCGGAUCCUGACGAGACGGCCAUUCCGCCAACGCAGCGUAUAUCACAGGUCCGGAACCUCGGUCUUUUCGACUGA